ACAAAAAAAACUGCUAAUGUCCAAAACUCAGGCACUCCAUUACUAACUACAGCGCCAUAGUUUUGGUAUUUUAGUUAAUAUCUAAUGUUGACUCGUUUACUUUUACACUGUUAACGUUGUAUCAACCCAGAGGAAACGAUGAUAGAGGAAGUGAGUAAAGUAAACCCUACUUCUCCCCAACGCCAUCAUCUCUGUCCUGCAUAGAUAAGCCCCUCCUAGAGCUCAUUUAAAGCAGGAAACGUGACAGUUGAGUUUUUCCGCUUCCAUAAACAAGACAAGCCAACAGAGUUUAGCAAACAGUCCACCAGCACCUCUGGGACAGUUCUCGAGGAGGGACACACAGGGAGAGAGAGAGAGAGUGAGGGGAGGAGAGUCUGAGAAGAAAGGGAGAGAACAGGAAAGAAAGUCUGCAGAAAGACAGGGAAAUCCAUUAGAUAUAAAAAACGAGGGUAAAAGUCGGGGGGGGAAAGAAGUUCUCUGAUGACACUGCAGGAAAAGUCAUGGCUGUAAACAACACACAUUUCUUUAUGGAAAUACUUCAGUCAUUUGAUGCUGUCCCUCUGAUCAUAGCGUUCUGUGUUUCCGUGGCUGUGGGCCUGGUCUUGGGCGCUCUGGUCUAUGUGAUCCUCACAUGGUUUUCCCGACGAAGAGCAGGAUCUGCCAGAAUCACGAGCUGCCCCCUUCGCCAGUCCCGUACGUGCCCUAGAAACUACCCAGGCUUCAACCGCAACAGCAGCAGCCACGACCGGCGAAGCAACAACAGCUUGGUCAGCGCCGCUUACACCUUCUACCGCCAGACCUCAAACCCGGAUUCCCUCGACCCGCUGGGGUACAAGUCUAGCUUCAGGGCGUCAACCUUCCAUCCUCUUCUCCACUGUAGCCAAAUUGCCAGGGAGGCGGAAGAGGGAAGUCAGGUGUCGUUGCCCCGCACGCCCACCCUGACAACCACUACUAACUCAGCUCACUCAGCUGCCACUCCACCCAGACCCCACUCUUUUUGGGGGGACAGCGGGGAUUUCCAAGCAACACAGACCCCCCCUCCUGCUUACGAGAGCAUCAUUAAAGCUUAUCAGGAGACUCAUACAUAGGAGGCAAAUGAAAUUAAAUCCAAAGACAAAAACUGCUGAUCAUAGCAAAAAAAAUAAAAAUACUAUUUAAAAAAGAAUGACAAAUGUCACCCAUAUCUUAAGUACCACCAAGAGUAAAGCUUUUUACUAUGCAAAUUGUCACCCGGGCUUUAAUAAACAAUCCAGACUAUAAUGGUAUUUUAAAAACGUUUGAAAAAUAAGCAAAGAAUACUUUUGGACUUUGUGCUGUUAUAAGCUCAGUUCUGUUAA